AUGUAUGGUUUUAAUAUUGGUAAAGCAGAUAAUGCUGAACUACAAAAUUCUAAAAGUAAUAAAUACAUAGAGCAUCAACAAUUACAACAAUUACAACAACAACAAUUACAACAGCAGCAAAAUAGUUUUAAAAAUAAUAUUAUUGAAAAUGAAAAUAAUGUAAAUUCUAGUUUUCAAUUUAAAGAUGACGAUGAUGACAACGAUGAUGUCUAUGAAGAUGAUUAUGAAGAUGAUAAUGUAACAGGUAGCGAAGAAGAGGAUGAAGAGGAUGAAGAUUCAAAUGAUGACUCAAAUGAAUUUAACAACAAUUCCUCAAGUGAUGGAGAGUUAAAUCAUGAUGAGGAAUCAUCCAUUGAAGAGGAUGAUGAUGAUGAGGAGUCCGACGAGGCAGAUGAAGGAAAUAACCCAUUAUUAAAUUCAUUUUUUAACUCAACUGAUGGUUCAACCCAAAAUAUGGACUUUUUAAAUUCCCAAAACAUCCAUUCUCAAUCUGCUUUAUUUUUAGACCAAACCUCACAGUUAAAUUUUGAAGAGCCACCACAAGAAGAGGUAGAGUUACCACCUCAUGCAUGCGCUUAUUGUUCAACUCACGAAUUAUCUACAGUCGUAAAAUGUUGUCACCCUUCAUGUGGCAAAUGGUUUUGCAAUGGUAAAGGUAGAACUAAGUCAUCACAUAUUAUAACACAUUUGGUUAAAUCAAAACAUAAAGAGAUUUCAUUGCAUCCAGAAUCUUCGUUUGGUGACACAACACUAGAAUGUUUUAAUUGUGGUUGUAAAAAUAUAUUUUUAUUGGGUUUUAUUACUGCUAAAACAGAAUCAGUUGUAGUUUUACUUUGCAGAGAUCCAUGUGCAAGUGGCCCAUCAAAAGAGGUUAACUGGGAUAUGUCUAGUUGGCAACCAUUAAUCAAUGGUGCAGAAAAGGCAUUUUGUAGCUGGUUAGUCAAAACUCCAUCACAACAUGAUGUCGAACGUUCAAGACAAAUUAGUAUAAUACAAAUUUUAAGAUUGGAGGAGUUUUGGAAAAAUGAUCCAGAGGCCACCCUUCGUGAUAUUGAAGCACCUAGAAGUGACGAUGAAAAACCAGCAAGUACACAAUUGGCCUAUAAAGAUGCUUACGAAUAUAAAGAAAUUAUUUCACCACUUAUAGAAUUGGAGGCUAAACAUGAAAAGGAACUUCGUGAAUCUCUCUCACAAAGCAAUAUCCAUAUUGAAUGGGAACAAUCUAUCAAUAAACGUUAUACUGCCACUUUUCCAUUCUCUCGUAGUGAUUUGGAGUUCAAAGUUGUACCAGGUGAUGAAUUAAAGCUUCAAUUUAUCAGUCACUCAACUGGCUCUGCUGAUUGGGAAGAUACUGGUCGUGUCAUUAGAAUCGAUAAUGAAAAUAUGCUCUCUUUAGAAACUAAAACCAAAUGUAAUAUUGAUAGCAACAAAGGUUCCUAUAGAAUGGAAAUGGUUUGGCGUUCAACUAGUUCAGAACGUAUUUUAUCCGCUAUGAAGUCAUUUGCAAUCAAAGAAGAAGCUUUAUCAAGUUAUCUUUAUCAUGCUCUUUUGGGUCAUCAAGAAAUUCCACCAACUAAACUUGAAAUAGAAUUACCAACCAACUUUCAUAUUAAAAACUUACCACGUCUUAAUGAAUCCCAAACAAAUGCUGUUAAUAAGGUAUUAACCAGUCCAUUAAUUUUAUCUAAAGAUCAACUUUGGAAUAGUUUAAUCUCUCACUUCAAAAACAAGAAUGUUUUAGUGGAGGGCUCACUCACCAAUUUAAAACCAAGUGCUGUAAUUUUACAAAAACCAAAAAAACUUUACGGUCAAGGUAAAAUGCCAAUUCCAGGUCAAAAUGUUAAUAAUAUUUACGAUAAUAACUAUAUUGAUCCAAACUAUGGUAUGAGUAUGGUUUAUGGUGUUAACCAAAGAUUCAACAAUAACUCUUCACAAUCAAAUAAUUUAAGAUAUUCCUCUCAAUCUAGUCAAACCUUAUAUAAUUCAUCCUCAUCCUCAAAUAGUAUUAAUAAUUUUUAUACUCCAUCAUCAUAUACCGCCAACACUGGUUCAUCCUAUCAAUAUCAAUAUCAGCAACAACAACAAUUACAACAAAUGCAACAACAAAUUGAACAACAGCAACAAACACAACAGCAACAAUUGCAAUCACCACAACACAAUAAUCAAAAACAACAAAAAAAUUCUUUUAAUAAACAACAAAACUAUAGUAAUAAUGGCAAGCAACAAAAAAAUAAUAACAAUAAUAAUCAACAAUAUAAUAAUCAAAAACAACAAUAUCAGCCAUCUUCAAAUCUUAAUAUGUCAAUUCCUCUUAGCCAAUCUUUUUCAUCAAAUUUAAGUUUAAAUGAUUUAUCACAAGAAUAUCAAAACAAACCAUCAAAUAAAUAG